CUCCUCCCUCCUCCCUCCUCCCUCCUAUACGGAAUACACUACUGACUGGGUUCGCUCACAUCUUAGAGUACCAAAAAGCAUGGCCAAUCUAUCACUGGUCCACAAUGCCCUCCUCCCUUUCUUCUACAGUCUCGUCGCCAGUCGGCGCUCUUUAGGCAGAUGACACAAAGCCCCCCAGAGACAACAUGCCGCUCGUCACUAGUGGACCCUGACGGUUUCCUCAUGGUCUUGGUCACUAUUCACUAUUGACAAGCUGCUACUUCCGUGGAGGAUCCAUGCGGAUAUCAAAAGCAAACAGCACCAACAACAGCCCGAGAAACUCGACAACGCUGAACCGGAGGAGGACAGUUGUGGGCGACUCCUAUCGCCGCCAGCCGUCGGCGGUUAACCAGGGCAUGUCGGCGUCAGGGGAGCCAAGCCAGGCUUACCUCACACCAUUGCAAGCGGUAUCACAGAUCAGGCCAUUGAGCUGGCACCCUUCAGCAUACUCAACCUACGACGUACCAUUCCAGCCUGUCUACAACACUGGCAUGACGGAUUACAGCAUGUCCUACAGCAACAGCCAGGACCUCCCCCACACACCCGCCCUGCAAUCAAACUACGGCUCUCCCUCCGCGACCUUCUCCCCAGAAUCACAACCCUGGACCAACUACGACCAAGAAUACCCGCUCUACGACACCUCAUCCCUCAUACAACCAUCCUUCAACAACCCAAUGGCCGAUUACACCGCCUACGCCCAAUUACAACUGCACCUCGCCGCCCACCAGCAGGUACAACAAACAUCCUACAACGACUGCAUGAACCCCUCCAUCUACUCUCACUUCGACUGGAACAACUUCGCCGCCACCGGCUUCGAGGAUGGCACCGCACCACCCACACCCGAGAACUUCCUCCCAAUACAACACCCCGAGCCACCGUGCGCUAUUGGAACUACAAUUCCCUACCACUCUCUCGACGACCAAGAAGACGAGGGCGAGAUCCUAGUCGGCAUGGGGCUGUACGAUACACCCGACAAGGCGUCACUCUCCGAUAUGCAGCAGUGGGAGCAGUACCACACGGCUAUGAUUUCCAAGUAUUUCGGCUCGACACAGCGUGCUGCUGCUGAGUCGACGGGGAAGGGGCUUAAGCUGGAGGAAACGUGGAAUCCGCCCGCGAGCGAGGAUGAGGAUGAGGAUCAGGAUGCGGAGGGCUCGACUAACGAGGAUGAGGAGCAGCAGCAGGGGAAGCAGCAUAGGCAGGCACCUGUUGUGAAUGGGAGUAAUCCCGCUGUGCAAUAUCAGGGGGAGGGAUGGCUGUGAAGAGUGGAGCAGAGCAUUAGAAACACCACCUGGCGUGAUGGGGAAUACCUGGGACGGAUUGGCGUCGGGAAUUGGGGUUUAGCAUUAGCAUUUGGCUUUUUGGGGGUCAUGGGAUUGGGGUUGGGGGGAUA